AUGGACCCCACAGUGCGCUACGUGGCCAUCAUGAUCAGUCUGCUCUCCUUGCUGCUGGCCCUGGGCUGCUGGGCCUGUGGCUUCCUGGCCAUCGUGGCACCCACUGCCCUCGUCAGCAGCCUGUCCUUUUGCGGUCCCCGUGCCAUCAACCACUUCUGCGACAUCGCGCCCUGGAUCGCCCUGGCCUGCACCAGCACACAAGCCGUGGAGAUCGUGGCCUUCGUGAUCGCCUGUGUGGUCAUCCUGAGUUCAUGCCUCAUCAACCUGGUCUCCUACGUCUACAUCAUCAGCACCAUCCUCAGGAUCCCCUCGGCCAGUGGCCAGAGCAAGGCCUUCUCCACGUGUUCCUCCCACCUCACUGUGGUCCUCCUGUGGUACGGGUCCACCAUCUUCCUGCAUGUGCGAACCUCCAUCAAGGACGCCCUGGACCUGAGCAAGGCCAUCCACAUCCUGAACAUCGUGGUGACCCCCGUUCUCAACCCCUUCAUCUACACGCUCCGGAACAAGGAGGUGAGGGAGAGUCUGCUGAGAAAGUGGAAAGGAGGUAAACUCCCCACGGUGUGA